CUUGUGCUUUCACUCACUGCAUUCUCGAUGCUACCUGCGUGUUCAAGUGCUGGGAGAUGAUUUGAGAUUUAUUUAUGAGUGUAAAUGUUUGCAUAUGAAAGGGGGAAAAAAAAACCUUGUUGCUUUAGGGAUUAUAAUACAUUAUUUGCCGCCGAUAAGAACUUGAGAUGUGCUUUUGGAGUUAAAGGUAUGGACUCACACGCAGCUCGGCAGGAAGAGCUCUCGUCUGCAGCGGGUACCUAGCCAUGCCUAACUAGGUGUCUUAUCCCUCGGGGCUCUACCCUCCUUCCCAGGACCUUGGUCGCAUUCCUCCAGAACCUUCCAGGACUUUCAAGUCUCCCUUGGCCCUCUCUCUCUCUCUCUGUCUCGGCCAACAUGGGGGAUAGACGGGCACACUCCUUCCACAUGACGUGCCACGUGCAGGGCGACUACGGCAGCAGGAUGGGCAGCUCCUUCUUGAGUUGCUCCCCCAAUGGAUACGCCAGCACCAGCCUCACCCUGGACCAGGAGACGGACGCUGGCCUCGCCGCAACCGGCAGCGCCGCCGCAUGGGCUCCUGCAGCUGACAGAGGCCACUACUCUCCUGUUUCACUGGAACUGGACCCCGCGGCGGUGAAUAAUGGAUCAGGCAAUCCCUGCUGUCCGCCGGCGCACACAAACGACCCAGAGCUGCAGAUGAUCCAGAGCCAGCCCUCGGCCACCGCUGUCCCGCCAAAGCUCCCUCGUUCGAGCUGGCUGCAUCACCAUCACAAGGAUUUCCAGAGCCCGUACACCAAGACUAGCAUGCAGGGGGAUGUUUACAACUUCCUAGAGAGACCUGCUGGACUGAAAUGCUUCCUCUACCACUUCCUUGUCUUCAUCCUGGUCCUGGUGUGUCUGAUCUUCAGUGUCCUGUCAACUAUAGAGCAAUAUGCAGACUUUGCCACUGGAACCCUCUUCUGGAUGGAGAUUGUGCUGGUGCUGUUCUUUGGCACAGAGUACGCGGUCCGGCUGUGGUCGGCCGGCUGUCGCAACAAGUAUGCGGGCAUCAAAGGACGCCUCCGCUUUAUCAGGAAGCCCAUAUCAAUCAUAGAUUUGAUCGUGGUCAUCGCCUCAAUCAUUGUGCUCGGCGUCGGGUCCAAUGGCCAAGUCUUUGCCACGUCUGCCAUCAGGGGCAUCCGAUUCCUCCAGAUCUUGCGCAUGCUACAUGUGGAUCGACAGGGAGGAACGUGGAGGCUCCUGGGAUCUGUAGUCUUUAUUCAUCGGCAGGAGCUCAUCACCACCCUUUACAUUGGAUUCCUGGGCCUGAUCUUUUCCUCCUACUUUGUCUACCUGGCAGAGAAGGAUGCUGUGGAUGAGGAGGGCAAGACGGGCUUCUCCAGCUACGCCGACGCACUGUGGUGGGGCGUGGUGACGGUGACCACGAUCGGCUAUGGAGACAAAAUUCCUCAAACGUGGAUCGGCAAGGCCAUCGCCUCCUGCUUCAGUGUCUUCGCCAUCUCCUUCUUCGCUCUGCCAGCUGGUAUCUUGGGCUCAGGGUUUGCCCUUAAGGUCCAACAGAAGCAGCGUCAGAAGCAUUUCAACAGACAGAUCCCGGCCGCAGCUUCUCUCAUUCAGACGCUGUGGAGGUGCUACGCCGCGGAGAAACCAGGCGGCUGUGCUGCUACAUGGAAAAUGUACGUCCUGACGCGGACAGAAGCUGUCACAACAGUGGAUUCGGAAAACUCCAGUCCUCAUGUGAGGAAGCUGAACAUAUCGAGAAGGGGGACCAAGAGGAGGCUGAAGCCCAGGGGUAGCGGCUCUAUGGUCGUGACCUCGGACAGGGCCAUAUCCAUCCCUCAGAUCACCUACGAUCACAUCGAUGACUCUGUGGAGAAGAAGGAUGGCUCGUUUUUCUUGGAAGAGCCGAGUGGGACUGUUGAAGGAAUCACCAGGCUUCUAAGUCAGACAGGCCCUCUUCAUCGUUCUUGGUCGUCUUUUACUCAGAGCUGCCCUGGCUCUCCAGUGAAGAGGAGUCAUGACAACAACACCUCCAUCGACUUCUCCCGGGCCAACAGCUUCACCGAUGAGCUCGACUUCAUGAGCGAGGACCUUCCCCUGCCGGUGGUGACGGACAAAGCUCAGUUGUCCCAUGCGCAGAGGUCAGCGGUGAAAGUCCUCCGCAGGAUGCAGUACUUUGUGGCCAGGAAGAAAUUUCAGCAAGCACGGAAGCCCUAUGAUGUGCGAGACGUGAUUGAGCAGUAUUCCCAGGGUCACCUCAACAUGAUGGUCCGCAUCAAGGAGCUACAGAGAAGGCUGGACGGCACUCUGGGGAAGCCAGGAAUGUUUCUUCCAGGGAAAGGGGAAGAUAAAGAAUACCCAACCAUUGGAGCGCGACUGAUCAGGCUAGAAGAUAAGGUCUAUCGGAUGGACACGAAGAUGGACUCGGUGCUGCGGAUUCUGAUGGAGCAGUUCCCGCCCAAACCGGAGCUGACCUCCAGGCCCUCCAUCCGCAGGGUGACCAUCCAGAAGUGCAUGGGCGCCAGCAUGGAUGAGGGGCCCUGAGGCGGCCGCGCUGGGGAUAAUGAUGUCGUCACCAAAGGGACAAUUUGAAAGGGCAGGAGCGCACUCAGACAGCCUAGCCCCUCACACGGGGGCCCGUAGAAGAAAAUAACGAGGAGACUCAGUUUUUUUCAAAUUCCCUUUCUUUCUUUUGAAAUCCCACAUUUUCUAACAGAGUUUUGAUCCCCGAGAAGAGAAGAACUUUUGGAACACAGAACCACUGAGAGAGGGGUUCAUGGUGCAGAAAGAAAGCUGAUUCUUCUGAUGAUUGUUUCGCCUGUUGGGGUCUUUUCUCUCUCUCUCUCUCUCUCUCUCUCUCUCUCUCCUGCAGCACACAGUCAUUCGAGCAGUGACACGCUGCAUGAAUUUAUUUCACUACAUUAACCUCAUAAUCACACUACUCAGAUGAUGUUAAUUUAUGUGUGGCCUGUCACCGAGCUGCAUUCCUCCACUCCAAAUGUUAUUCCAAAGCUAACUAACCCAGUAAUGAAGUCGUAAUGCAAUCAAAGCACUCGACUUCCCCGAAGACACAGAGAAAAAGCGGAGAGUCCGUCCGCGGCAGAGGCAUGCCUCAAAUCCUUCUGAUUAUCUUGGCACCAUCCACACCAAGUACACAACAGGGUUAUUUCCAUAGCCACAUAUCCAUCUUGCCCCACUGUACUCCGACGGCUGCGGGUGUUUGUUAGUAGUGAUCGAAUAACACGAGGGGGGAAAGGCAGAUUAUCUGUUGACUUUGCCCCGCGUUAGGGACCGGAAGGCUGGACUAGAACAAAUGGAACUGAAGAAAUGUGUCUGGGGUGGGUCGGGUGGCUAACAUGGUGCUGAUUUACAGCUAUGUUAGAGCUAAUAAAAAUAGCCAAACUGCCGAGACGGGGGCCCGGAGCUGUGCAACAGAAAGACAGUCAGAAGUUAUGGCACGGUCUCUGUUUUCUCAACGGAGGGGAGAUUUGGUGUAUGUAUAUCGAUCUCAGACUCUUUUGGCUGCACCACCACUCACCACCACCACCAAAAUCAUGCUUAAUAUCCUCUAUUACCUUCUUCGGGGGGGUGGGCGGCUCACACUGCUGUCUGCAAUUUGAAAUAAAUUUGCCCCAUUAAAGCUCUGA